AUGAACCAGGCAGCGCAAAAGGUGUGGAAGUUGCCAGAGCUAACAUGGAACAUUGGCGAGAACCUUAGGCCUCCUCACCUCCUCAUCUGUGUCCAAGUCUGCCGCCAAUGGAACGAGAUAUUCAUCCCUUUGCUCUGGCGAGUCAUUGAUGAUACCAAAUACGCCUGGCCCACACUCCUUAAGUCCCUCGCCAAACAGUACCCCGACCACGACUCUGACUGCCUCGAACGCCAAACCAACACACCAAAUACUAACAGCAGAAUCUGGAUAGAAGACGUCUUUGUCAAGUAUGGCCGACAUAUCCGACACUUGACCAUCUCCCACACCUUCCUCAACAAUGCCGCUGCCAAGAGCGGCACUUGCACACACCUACAAUCCCUUUGGCUGCUUAGCCUGUGGGACACCAGAACGAUUCGAGUCGAUCACUUGUCACUCCCAAGCAACAACAACGCCGCCACCACAGCUUGGGAGACCGUCUCGGAAUCGACAGGGUUGGUGUCACUUAUCCUCGAGGGGAUUGUAGACCCUGGGUUCCCCAGGUCAGGUCAUCGUGCCAAACUCGAUUGGAUAUGUGCACAGUGGUUCUGGGUCUUGGUCCUCCAGAACCAGGGGCUGGUCACCUUACAACUCUCCUGGAAGCUCCAAUCCAAGUCACCUCUCUUUUCGACCUCGUUCUUGACUAGAGUCUACCAACGGCUGAGCAAGUCUCUACGACAACUCAGCGUCCAUCUACCCAACAUGGCCAUCCCCGCUGUUCUGGAUGUACUGCCGAAUGUCGAUACGAUCUACUGGAAACACACGGAUCUCUACAGCCAUGGUUCGACCACAAGCCAGCCUCUCUGCAAUACCACCGUAUUCCCGCAAGUACGGACUGCCAUUGUUGGCGAGCGAAUCAAAGCCUCAAAUGUGUAUGAUCUUUUGAGGACCUUUCCCAACCUCCAACAGCUUUGUCUUUGGACGCCGAUCGACUUUAGCGAGAAUUGGACUCUUCAACAGGCCAAGGAUCAUUUGAGCAACAACAGCCCUUUCCAUCCACUCUCUGGGUUACACUUUGUCAACGUCUUCCCUCCCGGCGCUCGGAUGGACCAGUUGGCAACACACAUCAUUCCUUUCCUUCCGCACUUGACAGAGGUCACCCUCAACAGCCUCGACACAGCAGUCGCAACAGCAUUGGCGAUCCAUUGCCCAGGACUGGAAAAGUUUGCUCAGAUCUGGGAUGGCGGAUCGCUUCAUUCAAACCACGAUCUGCGCUUUGAGGUCAAUGCUAUGGGAAUCCUGUUGGAGAGGUGUCCGAACCUCAAGAUCUUUGAUGGGAUUCAGCACAAGAUCGAAGCCGAUUACCUUGCAGAGCAUCCUUGGGCCUGUCGGCGUAUCGAGUACUUGCGUUGCCAAAUCGUGGGCCUUGGUCGACUGACGAGUGACGAGGAAGCGAUCUUUAAAGGUAACAGCCAGGAGGUUGAUGUGAGGCGACGAGAAGAAACGAAAGAGAAACAUAGGCGUUGCCAGGAACAACAUCAAAAGGUCUAUGCGCAACUAUCUACCUUGGUCCAUCUCCGUGCUCUCUACCUCGGAUUCGAGUACAUCGAAUGCUGGUUAGAGCCCCUGGAUCCUACCACUAGGUUUACGAUUGGCGGUCGAUUGUACUACGCAGGCAAUGGUCCGAUUCCGAAUACCUUAGAACUCUCUCUCGAAUCAGGACUCGACCGUCUCUCUACCCUCCGCCGACUUGAGGUGCUGGACUUUGAAGGGGUCGAUCAUCGCAUAAACGAGGCCGAGUUGGAAUGGAUGGUCAAUAACCUUCCCUCCAUUCGAGUCGUUGGUGGCCUGGAAGAGUUUACUGUGUUUGAGGGGUAUGAGGACCCUAGGGUAAAUGAUCUGAAGGAGUACUUGUCUAGACUGAAGCCAUGGAUCCGACAGGAGGUGGUCGAUCGAAAAAGUGCACCUGAGCGAUGCUUGCAGAGGUACUUUUACUCCCUCCCUUUGCCUACGGAACUGUGA